UCUAUUCAAACCAAAUAUGGUUUAAAAAAAGAAUAUGAAAAAUUAGAAAAUGAAUCUCAAGAAAUAAAAAUAAAACUCGAAAAAGAACAAGAAAAAAGAGAAAAAGAACAAAAAGAAAUGCAAGAAAAAUAUGAAAACUUAAGAAAUGAAGCUCAAAAUU